AUGGAUCAACGGGUCAAUCCAUUAAAAGUUAAAACGAGCAACCACGACCACGACCAUAACUGCAGCUCCGAUUCUACAUUCUCCGGUGAAGGUUCUUUCCUCUGCUUCCACCCAACGUCUCCUCUUCCAGUAACAAUCGUAAACAUGCCUAAGGUGAAGACAAACCGCGUGAAAUACCCCGAGGGCUGGGAAUUCAUAGAACCAACUCUUCUCGAAUUACAGGCAAAAAUGAGAGAAGCUGAGAACGAUCCACAUGAUGGGAAGAGAAAAUGUGAGACCCUGUGGCCAAUCUUCAAAAUUGCACACCAGAAAAGUCGCUAUGUCUUUGAUCUUUAUCAUCGUAGGAAGGAAAUUUCUCCAGAACUGUAUGAAUUUUGCUUGGAUCAAGGGUAUGCUGAUCGUAACAUCAUUGCAAAAUGGAAAAAGGCUGGAUAUGAAAGACUUUGCUGUUUAAGAUGCAUUCAACCACGUGAUCACAACUUUCAAACAACGUGUGUUUGUAGAGUGCCUAAACAUCUGAGGGAGGAAAAGGUGAUAGAGUGUGUGCAUUGUGGAUGCAAAGGCUGUGCUAGUGGAGAAGAUGAAACCUCUGGGGUGGAGCUGUGGGGCAGUGGUGGGCUGCUUGGCGGGAGGAGGUUGGCCGGCGACGAAAGAUGGAGGCGAUGGAAGGUGGAUAGAACCGAUGAUGGGGUGAUCGAAGAUUGCAGCGACCAAAUGCAUGUGGUUUUUUUGUUAGGGCACAAAUGUCCAAGGCGUCCUUUUUUUCCAUUUAGACUUCUUUUUGUGGCUUUGCUGGAAAGCCCAAUCUUACAGGGAAAAACGAAGUUUUUUAUGUGA